CCUAUCCCUGGCAGCAUGGAUAGGCAACACCAGACUAGUGCAGUACCACCCAUCACAGGACCCAAGAUUAACGCUACAUUCUCCAAACCCCAGCCACCCAUCCAUUCUCUCCAACCCAACUCACCCGACAAACCAGUAGAGAUAGUUAAUCUUGUAACUCCCGUAGAUAGAAACACUGUUAGUGUAGAGAUUUAUGAAUCACCAGUAAAAGCGCUGGUUGAUACUGGAGCUACAAUCUCCUGUGUUACAUUAUCUUUGUUGACUAAACUAAAGGUAGACACAUGUACACAAAUUAAACAGUGUUCAGCUGUAACCGCAGUGGUUGCAGGAGGCGAGUCACAUCGCAGUCUGGGUAAAAUAACCAUUCCUGUCACGAUUGGAGAUUGUGUUUUCACUGCUGACUUUCAUGUUUUUGAAAACUUUCAUAUUCCAUUAAUUUUAGGCCUAGACUUUUUAAAUACACAUGAGGCAGUCAUUGACAUUAAAAAGAAAACUUUGUUUUUGAAAGAACUUGAUACAAACAAAAUCCUGUCUAUCCACACAGAAGUAUCUUUGGCUAGGAACACUACACGAAACAUUCUACCCCCAUUGUCAGUUAACAAUAUACAAGUCAAAGUAUUAGACCUACCACCAAAAUCUCAAAUACUUUUUGAACCACUACCUAAAUUACCUUCAUUAGGACUUGUAGGAGCCAAAUGUGUUUCCAUCAUCCAACCAGACCAAACAUGUGUUAUUCAAGUCAUGAAUCCAUCAGAAAAACAAGUUGUACUCUUUCCUGGCAAAGUGAUAGGUUUGGUAUCAAUCAUUGAUAAAUACACUGUCAUGUCUCUCGACACGUCCCUUGAUACAAAACCUUCAUCAUCACUGUCCUCAGGUACAAUAACAUCUGAUCAUGAUCACAUCUCUUUUGACCUAGACAAAUCAGAUCUUUCAGAAAAUCAAAAACUACUCCUACAAGGAUUUCUUCAACAAAACAGAAAUGUUUUUGCCACUGAUCUUUCAGAAUUAGGUCAUACAUCUCAGCAAAAACAUAAAAUUGAAACCAGUGAUGCACUUCCCAUCAGGCAACGAUUUUAUCAUCAAAACCCUGAGGUCAAGGCUGAAACUGAAAGACAGAUAAAAGAAAUGCUAGAAAAUGACAUCAUAACAGAAUCCACGUCAAUGUGGCAGAGCCCCGUUGUAAUGGUGAAAAAGAAAGAUGGGCAGUUACGUUUUGCUGUAGAUUACAGGAAACUCAACGCUGUCACCAAACAAUGUACUUUCCCCCUUCCCCGUCUCGAAGAUGUAUUUGAUUCUAUUGGAGAAUCCAAAGCUCAAUACUUUUCAACACUUGACCUCGCCUCUGGUUUCUGGCAAAUCCCAAUGGACCCUGAAACUGCUCACAAAUCAGCAUUUGUGACCCCUGCUGGAGUCUAUCAGUGGAAAAGAAUGCCGUUUGGACUUGUGAAUGCCCCGGCAAGUUUCCAAUCUCAUAUGUGCAAAGUUUUGAAUGUUUUGAAUUGGAAAACCUGUCUUGUGUACAUUGAUGAUAUUCUAGUUUUCUCACGUACAUUCGAGACUCAUUUGAAUAACUUACAAGAGAUCUUCGAUAGGCCAAGGCAGGCACACUUAACACUCAAACCAAGCAAGUGUUCAUUUGCUCGACAUAAGGUACAUUACCUAGGUCAUGUGAUCUCUAAAGAUGGAGUUCAAGUUGAUACAUCUAAAACAGAUGCUGUUGAUUCAUAUCCUGUCCCAAAAACCCAAAAACAGGUAAGAUCUUUCUGAGGUCUCUGUAAUUACUAUAGGAAGUUUGUCAGAAACUAUAGCAAGAUAGCAUCUCCAUUAAACAAACUACUCCAAAAGGAUGUGAAGUUUGAAUGGUCACAGUCCUGUACAGGGUCAUUUGACCAGCUCAAACAAGCUUUGACCUCCCCACCAGUACUAGCAUACCCAGAUCACACUAAACCAUUCAUUUUGACAACAGAUGCAUCAGGUGAAGCCAUUGAGUAUGUAUUGGGUCAGUUAGACACAAACAAACGUGAACGUGUUAUUGCCUAUGGUGGUCGUUCCCUUAACCAACAUGAACGGAAAUACUCCAUUUCCGAAAGAGAAGGCCUUGCAAUUGUUGAAGGUAUAAAAAAAUAUCAUGUGUACCUAGCAUCAACAUGUUUUAAAGUAUAUACUGACCAUAGUGCUCUUAAAUGGAUGAAAGAUAUAAAGCCAGAGUCCACAGGUAGGUUAGCCAGGUGGUCUGUACUCUUACAAGGCUAUGACUUUGAAAUCUUGUAUAAGGCAGGUAAAACAAAUGAAGUGGCUGAUGCCCUUUCCAGACGACCAUACCCCCCAGUUCAGACUACCACUACAAAAGAUGAAUUAGAAGAAGUAGACCCCCAUCCAGAAGUUUCUUAUGUAGGUCCCGAAAAAAAGUCUUCAUUUCAACAAGUCACAUUUAUAUACAGUAAUCAAACCCCAAGCGCACCUGUAACAGAAGUUUCAGAUUCUGUUACUCCGGAACCAGUGGGUAGACUUCAAUCUAAAUGUCCAGACUUUAGGGAUAUCUACAAUUACUUGGCUACAGGAGAUCUACCUACAUCAAAGCCACAAGCUGUCAGAAUAUUAUCUCUUUCCAGUCAGUAUGUUCUACUAGAUGAUACCCUAUAUCACUUGUACAUACCCGCCCCUAAGAGAGAUACUCAGAAAACUCCUCUUCGUCAACUUGCAGUCCCUAGGUGUCUUAGAGAAGAUGUUCUCAGAUCUUACCAUGACUGUCAAGCUGGCGGCGCACACUUAGGGUUUGAUAGGACAUACAAAGCCAUACAACUGAAGUAUUAUUGGCCUAAAAUGUUUCGGAUUACUGAAGACUAUAUCAGGUCAUGUGACACAUGUCAACGGAUAAAAAAGACUGCAAAAAAGAAGCAUGCACCAUUAACAACAAUGCCUAUCUGUGACACAUUCUCACGACUACAUAUGGACAUUUUAGGACCUAUCACGACAACAAAAGAGGGUUACAAAUACAUUCUUCUGGUGGUCGACUCUUUCAACAAAUGGCCAGAAGCAUUUCCUCUUAAAACACAAGAUUCUAAAGAAAUUGCCAAGGUUUUGUACUCUGAAAUAUUUGCCAGAUAUGGUGCCCCAAGUACAAUUAUCAGUGAUAGAGGACAGAAUUUCAUGAGUAAACUUGUAACCGCUGUAUGUGAAAUUUUUCAAGUGACUAGACACUUCACAAGUUCCUACCAUCCACAAACCAACUCCACAUGUGAACGCAUGAACAGUACCCUGGCCCAAUGCUUGAGAGCAUACGUUGAUAAAAAUCAACUAAACUGGCCACAGUUCUUACCAGGUGUUCUUAUGGCUUUCAGAAUGUCACCAUCUACACAAGCAUCCAACCUAUCGCCUUAUCACAUAAUGUUUGGCAAAGAAAUGAAUUUACCCUUCGACACUGCCUUAAUCCCAAAAGAUGGUUUAAGCAAAGAUGCUAAAACACAUGUCAACCAGCUCAUAGACCACCUCAAAUAUGUACGACAGACUGCAAAUAAAAACAUAACUGAGGCCAGAGCCAAACAAAAACAACAUUAUGACAAAAAGGCGUCAGUUCCCGAAUUCCACAUCCAUGACUUGGUUAUGCUUCACUCACCUAAAAUACCCCAAGGCUUGUCACCAAAACUACACCAUCCUUGGGACGGACCAUAUUACAUUGUCGAUAUAGGUUCAAACCAUACCUACAAGCUUCGACGAUGCAAUACGCAUAAGGAGAUCAAAUCUCUUAUACAUGCAAAUCGAUUGAAACUGUAUACAAACCCAGACAACAGGCCUAAUUUAAAUCCACCAACAUGUCCACCCAACAUUGCUAAUGUCCCAGGUAAUCAGCAAGUUCAAUUUCAAAAGAGACCAGCCGGACCAACCAACCGCAACCAAAAGACCCAAACCCAACCAUCCCCAAUCGCUGAUAAUUCAGCACAGUCCAACCAACCCACCCCAUGUGCUGAUAGUUCAGCACAGUCCAAGCAACCCACCCCAAACGCUGAUAAUUCAGACCAAUCCAUCCCUACCCAACCAAUCAAAUCAACUCCAAACAACCCUUCCCCUUCUCAGGAUGACCAGCAGUCUUAUCCAAUUGAAAAACUUAUCAAGUAUAAGUUUCGCAAUGGAGUCAAAGAAUUUCGUGUGAAAUGGCUUGGUCAUUCUGUCCGAACCUGGGAGCCUGUAGAAAACCUACCUCCAGCGAUGGUUCGCGAAUUUCAUAUCACAAAAACGCAAACAGGGAAAGCUCGUAAAAAGGGUAUCUUUGGACUUCCUCCUGUGUGGAGCUUCCUUGCUGUGAUGACCCUUCUGAUUCUCCCCUUUGCGGCCUGCGAUAAUGAACCUUCACUAGUUCAAAGACUGAACUAUGGAAUUUUGUUUGAUCCAACUGCAAAAUUACAUCUUGGCCAAGAAUAUUGGUCCCACACCUUUGAAAUAACACUCCCAGCUAAAAUACACCUCCCAGGAAGUCUUCAGUGUAGACGUCAACAAUGUGAACCUGCAAACGUUGUGUUGAAAACAUUGAAUGCUUUAAGAAUGCAAUGUAUGGCUAGUAUAAACUCCACAGUCACAAAAAUCCAUCGCCUGAUCCCUCAUUCUUACUUUCCAAAUACAUUAAAAUUUGGUUCAAGAAGAUCCAAGCGAGGUUUGAUGGACUUCAUCGGUGAUGUCUCUAAAUCAUUGUUUGGUACAGCAACAUCAAGUGAUGUUGACAACUUAAAACAACAUAUGCAAGCAAUGAACAAUGACAAUAUUAAACUUGCCAAAGCCAUGACUCAGGAAGCCCAUCAGUUAACAUCAUUUGUAUCUACUGUCAAUGAACGAUUUGACAAUGUUAUCAAGGCAGUACGUGACAAUCAUGACGAAUCUGUUACUUUAGCCCAACAAUUUUCUAGUGCUAUGGAUGGAAUGCAACAUGAGUAUAUAUUGCUAGAAAAUAGGAUGUUAAAACAAAUCAACUCUAGUGCAGUUUUAGAAAAACAUUUAGAACAUGUACAGCUAGCAAUUCAUGAUUUUGCUAAAGGCAAGUUGUCCCCCUUUAUUUUGUCACCUCAGACUAUUAUAUCUACACUCAAACAAGUCCAGAACAUAUUAUCUACAAGAUAUCCAGGUACAAACAUUAUCCAUUUUGAUCCAAUACAUUAUUACUCAUUUGCUAAUUUUUUAUAUGCUAGACACAGUUCUAAUUUGUACAUCUUGUUGAAGAUUCCUAUAUCAUCUUUUGUUCAACCUUUAUCACUAUACAAAGUUUACUCUUAUCCAGUGCCAAUUAACACCACAUCAACUCAUGCCACCCAAUUAUUAGACACUCCAGAUUAUUUUGUACAUACCAGUGAUAAUCAGCAUUUUUCAGUUCUUUCACAUACCCAACUGAGUCAGUGUACAGGACAAGACAUUAUGUAUUGUCCUUUUCAUGUAGCUUUAAAUUCUGUAGCAUCUGGUUCAUGUUAUUCUUCAAUUUUUUAUAAUCAAAAGUCUCAAGUGAAAUCUUUUUGCGAUUUCCGUUUUGUACCAAACACACUUAAAACUAGCAUUAUUGAACUUUCACCUUCAACCUUAAUGAUGUAUCGCACCAAAAUGUUAGCAUUAGACUGCCGGUCUGGACAGAAAAUGAUGAAAGGUUGUAAUUUUUGUGUAAUACGUGUACCAUCAAGAUGUUCGGUCACUUCAGAUAAUUUGUAUCUCCCACCCAGACUUGGUCCAGGUCAAAAUGACACCGGAGAGAUCACCAUACUACAUCCUGUCAAUUUGGCAUUGAUUCAACAUUUUUUCAACCCUGAAAAUCACGCCUCCAUAUUUGGAGACACUAAUUAUGGAAAAUCAAUUCAAAUUAAAAUUCCAAAUAUCGACAUUUAUAAUCACUCUUUUUCUCAAACUUUGGCAAAUGACAACCAGUACCAUCUCAGUCUUGAACGUAUAGCUAAGAAAACAAAACAAGGCGAAAAAGUAUUUCAAACAUUAUCAGAAUCUAUUAUAGAUGGUCAGCUAGCAUUUACCUCCAGCAAUUGGCCAGACACUAGCGGAAUUAUAGCUUUACUUGCCACAGCUUCGGCAUGGUUAGCAAUUGCAUUAUUUAUUUGGAUAUUAAGAAAAUUUCGUCGCCUUUCAGCUACUUUAUUAUUAGCACAAAAAUCUUCUGCACUAACCAUCCCACCAGAUGUACCCAGUUUUCAUUAUAGUGCACUACCUGACUUAACAACCCUGCCUACCAUCACUGACCAUGUGUACAACUCGACACUCAGAGGUCGAGUCUUAAGGUCUCUUCAUAUUGAGUGGGAUCAGUUUUCUAUAAUAAAUAAUCACACUAAACAAGUAAUCUACCCUAACAACACCAUUAAUAUCUCCCUCUUUCAAACCCGGCGCAUUGCAAAACUACUGAGGCACCCAUAUGCUGCCUACUUCAUAUUAACCCAUCAAGGGUACUUCCAAGUUUUGAGUUGAAUAAAAACGCCAAGUUUGAUUAUUGUAUGGACAUGAAUUACCCAGGCAUGACUUACUUUGACAUUUUAUGUAUAUAUUGUAUUUAAACAUGUUACUUUUCCAUUUCUUCAAUGUGUAAUUGUUGUUUAAGUUGGACAUUAUAAUAUGUACAACUGUACCAACCAUAAGUCAUUUUUCCAUGACACUUUGUCUAUAAGGCAAAUAACUUUGUGAUAAUUCAAAUAUGACUUUAAAAUAAUUCUUUUAUUCAACCACCGGCCGGAGUUGUUUAAAAUGUAUGUGUAUAUAUAGUUAAAAACAUGACACUUGUCAACUUAUUGACUUUUAUAUAUGUAGAUCAAUAUGUAUGAACUUUUGUAUGAAUUAUCUCCCUUUUUCAAUAAUUCCUACCACUACUUUUAAUCUUUGAGGACAAAGAUUUCUCCCAACCAGGAGGGAUAUAUCAUACUGAUAUUUUACAUUUUUCAUAACUUACAUAAAAAUACAUAAACUUGUUUAUUGCAAUGAAAUUUUGGAACUUUUUACUAUUUGGAUUAUUUUCGUAAUCUUUUUACUAUUUGGAAUAUUUUCGUAAAACAUUUUACAAACAAUAAUCCCCAAAUAAUACAAUAACCACAUACUUAGCCACGUUAAUUGAGCUCUAAAACAGUUUGGCAAACAAGAUUUACGUUUCCCACAUUUAGAUUAUUUGUUCGGUUCGGCGACUCUGUUAGAUUCUCAUAAUCCCUUUUGUCAUUUCAAUUAAGAACUCACGUCCGGUCCCGACUCUAUCUUUGUCUCUUUGUAAAAGAAUUAUCGGCCGUGUUAGAGUCAAUUAGGACUUGGGUGCUCUUACGUAACCUUACUUCCAGAUUGGUGUUUUUCACAAAUUUCUUUGUCCGAACCCACGCUAAGAUCCGACCAAUCAGCAAUAAGGUCCGACUGGAUAUAUGUUUUUGUUGAGGCCCCUCAAAGGUAAAUUACCUAUACUUCAUAUAGAAAAUACUGUAAAUAACCCUCCUGGAACCUCACCAACAUUGGGGGCAUCUGAGUAAGUUACCUGUCGCUUGUACAGCUAACCACUUGAAGCUACG